UGAUCUAUUUUAAGUCUUGGUCGUAGCCGCGAGGGCGGUUGCGCCCGUGACAUCACGGAGCGCGGAAAUUCCCCGACUUUUUUUUCUUUCUCCGACUGCACCGCAGCUUGACAGCACCCUACAAAUAGAAAUCAACCGGCAGCAAUACUGCUACUGCCCUAAUCUUCUCAACUUUAUAAUCUUGCCCAACAGCAAACAGAAUGUCCGCCGCGUCGCAACCCCGACCUGCAGAACCGGGGACUUCGAAGCGCAAAGCCCCGACCGAGCAACCCCCCUCCACACCAGCCGUGAGCUUCACCACGCGCAAUCCCCCUUGGACAUACCUGAAACUCCAAUUAACGCACCAGCCUCCCGUCUCACAAUCAAAUCUCACUCAACCCCUCGACCCCCUCACAGCCCGUACCUACCUCUCGGCCGCGCUAAAUCAAUUUCUCGGACUCUCGGGCACGGCUAUCUCCAUUGAUAUCCUGAAAAUUGAAGCCCCAUCGGGCAGUGCAAACGCAAAAACCAUAUGGAUCCGUGUUCCUGAGCCGGAUGCGUCCGCUGUUGUCGCGGCAUUGAGCUCGUGGGUCGGAGGGAGUAGUUCCUCCGGUGGAGGCGAGGCGACUGGCAAUGGCAAUGUGGCAUGGCGAGUCUGCGCGAAAGGGAACUUCUUGGGAGCUAUUCUCAAUGGCUCUGGCGCGGAUUUGUUUGUUCCGUGAGCGUGCAGGGUCGGUCUGGUUUCGUUGGAUAUUCGUGGGCCUUUAUUCCAUACGGUAUGGCAAAAGGUCUGAACCUCCAGCAUUGCGAUAGGACUGCAUAUGCUAUGCGUGAUGUGCUCAGGGCGCUGCGAAGGUCUCGUCGGCUACCGAGGUGGCUCUCGUUCCGAUCACUGGGGCUCAGCGGUGUCCUACACCCAGUGCUGGACCAUCUCAACGUGGUCGUCCUGCGCUUGAUACACGCAGAAAUACCAUCGGGAAACUCAACUUCCAUGCCAGCAGGCCGCAUGAUCGGUCCGUUUGGCGACUUCCAUGCAACGGCCUUCCUCACGUCGAUUCGGCUCGGUUGA